UGUCAGCAUCCCAAUCCAGCGUCGCCCUCGACGUACUUAUAUCGUGAGACUCGGCACCUCUUCGGGCUCUCAUCUCCUCCUCAUCUCGUUAAACCUGUCAGAGGAUAUCACAUAAAUUGGUUGACAACCUGGGAUUCACACUAGUCUAGACGCAUCGUGGGCAUCCAAAUAGAAAACCAAAAACACCCGCGCACCCGCGCAAGCACAAGAACAAGAUGGCAGCAGCCCCAGAGGACGGCCAGGUCCCAACCCCCCCGGAGAACGUCAAGGCGCGCCUCAAGGAGUCUUACGACAUUAUCGCCCCGGCCUACAACGACUGGACCGCCCAGCACUCGUCGCUCCGCAUCGAGUACCUCGAGAAGCUCAUGGAGAAGCUCCUCGCCGCUAAGCCGCUGUCCGGCCAGAUGUCUCUUGUCCUCGAGCUGGGCUGUGGCUGCGGCCUCCCCGUCACCGAGCGCCUGCUACUGGCCCCGGACGUCUUCGUCACCGCCAAUGAUCUGUCGAGCACCCAGAUCGCCUUGGCCCGGGAGAACCUCGCCCGCCACGGCACCGACCGCGUCGCCUUCGUCGAGGGCGACAUGAUGGGCCUUGACUUCGCCGACGCCUCCUUCGACGCCAUCGUCGCCAUGUACAGCAUCAUCCACCUGCCGCGCGACGAGCAGUCCGACAUGAUCCGUCGUAUCGCCAAAUGGCUGAAGCCCGGCGGCCUGCUGCUCGCCAACUUCGCUUCGGAGAAUAUGCCCGGUCUCGUCAUGGACAAGUGGCUCCAUGACAAGGGCUGGAUGUACUGGAGUGGCUGGGGCGCCGACGAGACUCUAAGCAAGGUCAAGGACGCCGGCCUCGAGGUCAUCCUCAACGACGUCGUCCAGGACGAGGUGGACGCCACUUUCUUGUGGAUUCUGGCCAAGAAGUAGGCAGCGAAGUAGUUUGUCCCAAGUGCGAGCAUAAGCAUUCUCAACAAUGCAAAGGCGUGGCUUAGACGGUCGGGAGUCGAUGGCAAAUACGGAGUAGGGUGCACUAAGAUGCGGGUGGAGAUUCUGCUUGAUGAUUAAGUAAGGUACCUCCUUCAAGGUACCUUAUCACUACUCAAUAUCACAACUAUAAUUGCAGACGCACAAUGCUCGUCAACAGACCGAUU